AGAAAGUGCUUUGAUUUCCAACCCUGAGUUCUGUGAGAAACCUCUCUCAGUUCUUGCCAAAAGGAAAUAUGGCAGCUCUGCUAGAAGUAAAAAAGAAAUUGCCAAGAAUGACAGUAACUUUUCUGCUGCCUCUGCCGGGAAUCCAAUAUCCUGCAUACCAGUCUCAGACUCAAUCAGCACUACACCCUGGCUAUUAAAUCCUACAUUGACCAACAGUGGAUCUUCUGCUGCCAGCAAAAUAGAUGAGAAAUCUUUGGCUAAAUCCAUAGAGAGCACUUCCAUCCCCACCACUAAGACAACCUUCAGGCUGAAUGAAAAGCCUUCUACCAUCUCCACUAGGCAGAAAUCUUCCAGGUCUAAUAACCCUUGGUCUGAGGGUGCUUCAACCAUCAGCAAAAAAAUAGCCAUGACAAAGGGUUCCAUAUUCUCCAUCAAUAAUUUUUCAGGUCUGAAUGAGCACCUCACUGGCAUCUAUAGAACUUGUGUUACUCAUACUAAAAGCCAGCCUUGCAAGAGCACAGGAGUUUUGCAGUCUGCAAUAGUGAACACCCCCAUUGAUUUGUUUAAUAGGCCAAUUGCUGCUCUUGACAACUUAAAUGAUGUUUCACAGCAGAUUGACCAGCCAUCCCACUUCACCAGGCCUCUCUUCACAGCAGGCAAACCUGACAGCAACACGGAUAAUUUUUUCCCCAUCAUCCCAGGAUCAUAUCCACUAUAUUUGAGGAGAGAAACUGGAAAGAAGAGGAAAUGCAAUGAUAAUGCUGCUCCUCAAGUUCACCCAUCCCCUGUCAAAAGCUCAAAGAAACAUUCUUGUCAGGGCCCAUCCUCUCAUCUUUCAGCAUCUAACUUUAUGCCUGACAAGUUGAUGCAGAUUGAUUUUAGUCAGAACACAAAAGAGAAAUUUGAAGGAAGGAAUCUUGAAAAUAUACUCGCAGAAGCUAUCAUGGCACCAACGGGGAAGCCUGAUCCACAAAAGCAAGGAAUGAAUUCUGCAUCUGCAGAUUUUACUUUUGCAAUUGAUAAUCCAGUGGACAGCCAGGUUGAUGACAAGAAUGACUCAUGCAAACCUGUUUUGACUGGUGUUGAGAUGGGAUUGAUAUUCUUGAAAGCAAUUGAGAAAUGCCAGAAGCAAUUUAAGCUUGAAGACUGCCUCAUCAUGGACAAGAUCAUCACAACCUCUCUAAAUGCCAGAAAUCUUUUUCUCACCAUGUUGAGAAACUCAGAUAUCUCCUAUCUUCCAUCAGCUUCUCAAAGACCUUUGGUUUUGGAGCUUCUUUCCCAGAACCUGCUUACCCUUGGUCCAAAAGGGAGGGAUAUCCAGUUGCAGAAACAGCAUCAGUUGGAGUCCACCCUCACAGAUACAUCCAAUCUGGUGCAUAUCAACUCAGCUGUGAUGGCGUCCCUUUAUCAGAUAUUACUGCGUUUCAAGAAGGCGACCUCUUGAACAUGUGGCAUUUUUUUCUCA